GGGGUUGCGGUGACGUCGCAGUCAGGCGGCCGCUGAUUGGCUGGAGGGAAGCUUUGUUUGCCAUUUAUGGAUAGGGAUAGCCCGGACUGGUGCCUGGGUUUUCAUUGUAAAUCGCAUGACUGACUUAUAAAAAAAAAAAAAAAAUUCUCUCGGGGCAGCUGUAACCUCCAGUGUGAGAGCAGGCGGCAGGCGGAGCACACAGCGAGGGAGCAGUCACUUCUCCCCGGCGCUGGCUCUGGAGUACGAGCCCUUCAUGUCUGCUGGAGCCGGGAUACACAUUAGGAAGGAAGACCUGUGAGCAGCCCCAACCUCAGCCUGCAAGAUGGGCAGCAAAGGACAUUAUAGAUACCAUUGGCAGAGCCACAAUGUUAAGCACAGUGGAGUGGAUGAUAUGGUCCUGUUGUCCAAAAUUUCUGAAGAUUCUAUAGUGGAAAACUUGAAAAAACGCUAUAUGGAUGAUUUCAUCUUUACUUACAUUGGACCAGUUUUGAUCUCUGUGAAUCCAUUUAAACAAAUGCCUUACUUUGGAGACAAGGAAGUUGAAAUGUACCAAGGAGCUGCUCCAUAUGAAAACCCACCACAUAUCUAUGCAUUAGCUGACAACAUGUACAGAAAUAUGAUCAUUGACAGGGAAAAUCAGUGUGUCAUUAUAAGUGGCGAAAGCGGUGCAGGAAAAACAGUGGCUGCUAAAUAUAUCAUGAGCUACAUUUCUAAAAUAUCAGGGGGAGGCCCAAAAGUUCAGCAUGUAAAGGAUAUCAUUCUGCAGUCAAAUCCGUUACUAGAGGCUUUUGGGAAUGCAAAGACAGUGAGAAACAACAACUCCAGUAGAUUUGGAAAGUACUUUGAAAUCCAGUUCAGUCCUGGAGGAGAACCAGAUGGAGGAAAAAUAUCCAACUUUUUACUGGAAAAAUCACGAGUUGUGAUGAGAAAUCCAGGAGAAAGGAGUUUUCAUAUUUUUUAUCAGUUAAUUGAAGGAGCUUCUAAAGAACAAAGAAACGACCUUGGGAUUACAAACCUAGAUUAUUAUUACUACCUUAGCCAGUCUGGAUCUUAUAAAGUGGAUGACAUUAAUGACAAAAGGGACUUUCAAGAAACCAUGCAUGCCAUGAGUGUUAUUGGUAUUUUUGCUGAAGAGCAAGCUAUGGUGCUUCAGAUUGUAGCUGGAAUUCUCCACCUGGGAAAUAUUAGCUUCAAAGAAAAGGGAAACUACGCAGCAGUGGAGAGUGAAGAGUUUCUAGCCUUCCCUACAUUUCUUUUGGGAAUAAAUGAAACCCGUUUAAAGGAGAAGUUGACAAGCAGGCAGAUGGACAGCAAGUGGGGCGGCAAGUCCGAGUCUAUCAAUGUGACACUUAAUGUGGAGCAGGCCUGCUAUACCAGAGAUGCUUUAGCCAAAGCUCUUCAUGCUCGCCUAUUUGAUUAUCUGGUGGAUUCAAUAAAUAAAGCUAUGCAGAAAGAUCACGAAGAAUACAAUAUUGGUGUUCUUGAUAUUUAUGGCUUUGAGAUCUUCCAGAAAAAUGGUUUCGAGCAGUUCUGCAUUAACUUUGUCAAUGAAAAAUUACAACAAAUAUUUAUAGAGUUGACUCUCAAAGCAGAACAGGAGGAAUAUGUCCAAGAAGGAAUCCGAUGGACCCCUAUAGAUUAUUUUAACAAUAAAAUAGUAUGUGACCUCAUUGAGAAUAAAGUGAAUCCACCAGGUGUUAUGAGUAUUUUGGAUGAUGUGUGUGCCACAAUGCAUGCUGUGGGAGAAGGGGCGGAUCAGACUCUUUUACAGAAACUCCAGAUGGCAGUGGGGACUCAUGAACAUUUUAACAGCUGGAACCAGGGAUUUAUUAUUCAUCAUUAUGCUGGAAAGGUAUCUUAUGACAUGGAUGGAUUCUGUGAGCGGAAUCGGGAUGUGCUUUUCACUGACCUGAUUGAGCUUAUGCAAAGUAGCCAAUUACCAUUCAUAAAAGCUUUAUUUUUGGAAAAUAUUCAUGCAGAAAAGAAGGGUCGUCCUACUACAGCAAGCAGUAAAAUCAAAAAACAAGCAAAUGAUUUGGUGAACACAUUAAUGAAAUGCACCCCUCACUAUAUCCGCUGCAUCAAACCGAAUGAAACCAAGAAACCCCGGGACUGGGAGGAGAGCAGGGUGAAACAUCAAGUAGAAUAUUUGGGCUUGAAGGAAAACAUCCGCGUGCGCCGAGCAGGAUUUGCCUACAGGAGGGUUUUUAAAAAAUUCUUGCAGAGAUAUGCUAUUCUUACCAAAGAAACCUGGCCUUCCUGGAGGGGAGAUGAGAAGCAAGGUGUCCUUCACUUACUGCAUUCUGUUAAUAUGGACUCUGAUCAGUUUCAGCUUGGAAAAACCAAAGUCUUUAUCAAAGCUCCAGAAUCGUUAUUUCUCCUGGAGGAGAUGCGUGAAAGGAAGUAUGAUGGUUAUGCUCGAACAAUUCAGAAAGCCUGGAGGAAGUAUGUUGCCAGAAAGAAAUAUGUAGAAAUGAGAGAACAAGCCUCAGAUCUUUUUCUUAACAAAAAAGAGAGGAGAAGGAAUAGUAUUAACAGAAAUUUUAUUGGGGACUACAUUGGUAUGGAAGACCAUCCAGAGCUCCGGCAAUUUUUAGGAAAACGAGAAAAAAUAGAUUUUGCUGACACUGUUACCAAAUAUGAUCGGAGAUCUAAAGGAAUAAAGAGAGAUCUUAUCCUAACACCAAAAUCUGUUUACCUCAUUGGGAGAGAGAAAGUGAAACAGGGCCAAGAGAAGGGAAUGGUAAAGGAAGUAGUAAAAAGGAAGAUUGAUGUGGAGCGUAUUCUUUCUGUUUCUUUAAGCACAUUCCAAGAUGACUUUUUCAUUCUUCAUGAGCAAGAAUAUGACAGUUUGCUGGAAUCUGUGUUUAAGACAGAAUUUAUAAGUCUGCUGGCCAAACACUAUGAGGAAAAGACCCAAAGAAAACUACCUCUGAAAUUCAACAACACACUUGAGAUGAAAUUAAAAAAAGAAUCCUGGGGUCCGUGGAGUGGUGGAAGUGGCUCCCGUCAAGUGCAGUUUAUUCAAGGAUUUGGUGAUUUAGCUAUACUAAAACACAGCAAUAAGGUGCUACAGGUCAGCAUAGGACAAGGCCUACCAAAGAACUCACGGCCAACACGAAGAAACUUAGUUGAAGGGAGAAGUAACAUGAGCAAAGCCAAAUCCUACCCAAGCAGGGCAGCCCCACCACCACCAGGGUCCCACCAGAAUGGAUUGAUACAGAAUAACCCAUAUGGGCAGCAGCAGAGGUCUGGAAGGCAAUUUAACAACUCUAGAACAUCACAUCCACCAAUGGAGCACCCAUCGUUACCAAGGCAAACUGCUGGUUCAGCCAGAAAUCCACUGCAGCUCCAAAGCUUGGACUUCCUUCGUGUGCCAGACCAAGGUGUUGCUGGUGCUCGUCGCCAGACAACAAACCGCCCCCCUCCCGGUGGAGGAAGACCAAAACCUCAGCCAAAGCCCAAACCUCAAGUGCCACAGUGCAAAGCCCUAUAUGCAUACGAUGCACAAGAUACAGAUGAGCUUAGUUUUAAUGCCAAUGACAUCAUAGAGAUUAUCAAAGAAGACCACUCAGGUUGGUGGACUGGAAGACUACGUGGGAAACAGGGACUAUUUCCUAAUAAUUAUGUCACCAAGAUCUAAGAUGGCCUACAUACAUGAGACCUGAGCCUGUAUCUCUUCUCUAUUUACCGCCUUCCAGUAAUUGAAAAAUAGGGGAGAAGUGCCUCAUCUUGUAGCAUGUUGCCUGAGAAGCCCAUACCAAAUUGUAUCACCGUGAGAGCUUAAUGCUACAAAAAAUGGACACCAAAGACCUGAACUGGAAGAUAUUUAUUACACUUUAUCUUAUUUAGGGACUUUUUUGCUGCCUGGUUGCCCAUAAUGCAUUGCUGAGCAGUGUGUUACAUGUCUUUCUAAUGGCAUGAGGGUUAUAGAGUGAAUGGAGUUAUGCUGGGGUUUUCUACCUAAUGAUGGUUGUGUGAUAGUAAGUGCCUCUUUACUGAUGUUAAAUUAUACAAAGAUUACUUUUAUGCACAGUUCCUCUCUCCAUGUGCAUCUGGAUGAAGGAAACGUUUCAUAUGCUGCUAAUGCAUCUCUAACCAAUGGAGGGAAGUGUAAUUGAAGUUGGAUACAGUAAGAGUGUAUAUGCUUAUAAUUGAUAACUAAAUAGCUCCACGAGGCACUGCAUAUACAAGAUGUGUAGUCACUACACACUUGCAUAGCCUUAUAUUGAAAUAUGGCUGGCCCAUGUUAAUAUCUUGGUAUAGAAUGUUGUUACCUGUUACAGGGAGCAUCUCAUUCUUUUAAGCUGUAAAUUUAUAUAGCAAAUCAUAUAUACUGUACAUAUAUAUAAAUAUAUAUAUAUAUAUAUCAAAUGAUAAAACAUGUAUGGAUGCAUAACAUAGGACUCUACUGUACUCUUAUGGCAGAUUUUAAUGCUAAUACAUCAGGUACUUAUACAAUAUGCACUUAGAACCAUGUUUUUAAUGCUUUCUAGUCUUUGCUAUUGGUUAUACGAUGGAAAUUCCAUAGCUGUCACAAAUUUCCUGAAUACCGAUUAACAGAAGCCAGCCCAUUCAAAGCAGACUUGCUUUCUGCAUCAUGUAAUAGGCUUUUUAAUAAAUACCAUUAUGUUUUUAUCCAUAUUGGUGUUUACCAGG